ACGUGAUAAUUAGUUGGGGGGUCGGCUGACCAUUUCCGAAGGCUGAGAUGUAGGCAGCUGUUCCAGUCAUGCGGGGGAAUAUCACGCUAAAUACUUUAGGGGGUAGCCUUACCCGUUGAUAAACGUGGACUGAUAAAGGUCGUGAGACAAUCAGGAGGUCAGCUACGAUGGGCGGCAAAGGCUUCGGGAGAUGCAGCCUUGUGGGGUUUAACGUGUGCCCGCCGACUGCAGGACAGUCAGGCGGAGGACUGGGAGGCAGCAAAUGCAAAAAGGUCCUGGGUGUACGUAAGGUGAAAAUGAGCUGCCUUGGUCAACGUCUUCCCUUGGGGUUACUUUCUUGGUUUCUUUUUUUCUUUUCUAUCUAUUUCGCAAAGGGGUUCGAGGUAACUUGCAAAUUACUUUCGGAACGCACCUAUAAAAGUUUGUAUCUACUGUAUGGAGCCUAAGGUUGGUGUCCUUCCCCGGAUUUCGUGAUAAACAAUAAAAAA